AUUAGCAUAAGGUCAUGUUACUAUGAUCCUAUUUUCAGCUGAUUUUGUGCCAAAACAGAGCAAUAUUAUUUGAUUUAACUAUUUUUUUUAUUCAUCUUAUAAACAACUUAAUAUUGAUUCAAUCACAGGCAUCGUAGGACGUGAAAAUGAAAUCUUGAAAUUCAUCCCAGGAUUUCCAGAGCUACGUCUCGGCGACUUGCCCGGUGGAAUCCUGUUUGGGAACUUAGAGUCACCUUUCUCAAUCAUGCUGCAUAAAAUGGGACAUGCAUUGCCUGAAUCAACAGCUGUUGUAAUCAAUUCCUUUGAGGAAAUAGAGCCCGAAAUCAACAAAGAUCUUAAAUCCAAGUUCUCCAAAUUCCUCAAUGUCGGCCCCUUUAAUCCCUCAAACCUAACAUCAUCGUAUUCAGACAAGUAUGGCUGCAUAUCGUGGCUAGACAAGCAAAAACCCGAGUCUGUAGCAUACAUCGGCUUUGGAACGGUAGCGAAAUUGACACCUAAUGAGGUGGUGGCGUUGGCUGAAGCAUUAGAAGCAACCGGUACUCCAUUUCUUUGGUCCUUGGGAGACGACUUGAAAGAGCAUUUACCAGAAGGAUUCUUGAAACAUACAAGCGAGCAAGGGCAAGUCGUGGCGUGGGCACCACAGGUACAAAUUUUGGCACAUGCUUCAACCGGGGUUUUCAUGACUCAUUGUGGGUGGACCUCGGUGUUGGAGAGCAUUGCAGCUGGUGUACCAAUGAUAUCUAGGCCGUUCUUUGGGGAUCAACAUAUCAACACAUUGAUGUUGGAAAAUGUGUGGAAAAUCGGUGUUGGAGUUGAGGGUGGAGUCUUCACAAAAAAUGGGACAGUGAAUGCCCUCGAGCUAGUUUUGUUGCACGAAAAAGGGAGAAAACUGAAGGCACAAAUUGGUCACUUCAAAGAGCUUGCUCUCAAGUCUAUUGGACCUAAUGGGAGCUCAUCUCAAAAUUUCAAUACUCUGAUAGAGGUGAUUACAGGCCUCAACCUUUGAAAAUGCUUGGAAGAACUUACUUGGGGCAUUAUUACUAUUUUGCUUUUGGGAGAAACUAUUGUAUUGUAUUAGAGGUGUUCAUUCUAUCAUCAUCAUCAUCUUCAUAUGAUUAUUAGUUAUGGAGUUUGUAAUAAUAAUGGGUCAAAAAUGUAUAAUUAGGUACGAAUCUUUAUGGUAUAAGCUCCAAAAGUUUGUAUUACAAACAAAAUAGAGCUUUGAGGUUUUAUAAUUAGACACCAAAAUUUGUGGUUUUUUGAUUAUGGAGAUUUGUGAUAUGAUUUGUUACAAGACUU